GCCCUAUUAUAGUGCGUUUCAUCGAAUAGUUCCUAUGGCGUUAUGUUGGCCCCACUGAACUCCACUCUCUGUCAAAUUCAUUGCAACGAGAAGACGCGACCGCAGAUUUUGUUUAUUUUCAUUUGAUUUUUGACUGAAAUCAUGCCCAAAACUUUGAAAAGUGGUGAAAGAAUGAUGGUGUUAAAGGUGAAGACAUUUUGUGAACGUGAAAAACGUAAUAAUCCCCCAUUAAUUCCUUUAAGAUGUGUUCAGGCUCGUGUCGCCGCCAUGACAGGUAUAUCCGAAAAAACCGUGUCUAAAAUCACUAAAGAAGGUGAGGUCGCAGCCAGCACUUCGACCAAGGUUUCAACACCACGCAAAACCGGCCCCCGGCCUAAAAGAAUCGAACUGGAUGACUUCGACCGGUGUGCUACAAGGCAUAAAAUACAUGAAUUUUAUUCCGUAAAAAAGGAGUUGCCCACUCUAACAAAGUUAUUGCAUGAAAUGAGAAGCGAGAUAAAUUUCAAAGGAAGUCGUACCACUUUGUGGAGAAUAAUGAAAGAUAUGGGAUUUUAUUUUAAAAAAUGUGGAUCCAAAAGAAAAGUUCUAAUGGAGAGAUACGAUAUUGUCGCCUGGCGUUAUCGAUACCUGGAAGAAUUGCGAAAUAAUCGUCUCGGAAACCAGCGCCCAGUUGUAUGUUUGGACGAG